AUGGCCCACCUGCGGGCUUGCGAAGUCCCGCAGCUGCUGCACAAGUUCGUGGUGAUCGUGGGGGACUCCGUGUACAAGGACCUGGUGCUCCCUCUGCAGAAGGACUGCUUGCCGUCUUCCAGCCAGCUGAAGGCCAAGGGCGAGCUGAGUUUCGAGCACCACACGCGGCUGGAGGGUUGCCAAUGGGAGGGCCUGCACCACUGCACCCGCUACGCGAGAUGUGCCCGUUCUGCGCUGGUCACCGCCUGGUGCUGUUCUACUUCCUCGCGCGCCUGCUCCCGGUAUGUGGAGGACAUCCUGGAGCAAAUGCAGCGGGACGACACUGUGGCGGCUGGCGGCACGGCUGAGACGUGCUGGACCUCCCUGUCCACUGCCGACACGUGGGGCAGCACCGACUGGGACAAGCACACCCACCUGUACCUGUUCCACUUGCUGCUGGCCCACCUGGCCGACGCCUGGGCCAUGCACCUGCCCGCUGCUACCACAUGGGCAGGUGGAUCAGGGAGGGCCCCACGCGGGGAAUUCCGGGCCCUGUGGGUGAAGGCAGCCCCGAGACUGUGGGCAUGA